AUGGAGGUGUUCGCAGACGCAGACUAUGCAAGGAAGGCUGCCGAUAGGAGGUCUGUGUCAGAAGGCUUGGUAAUGUGGGGGGGGGGAUGUAUUUCUUGGUUGUCAAGGACGCAGAAGUGCGUUACGUUGAGCACGACAGAGGCUGAGUAUGUCUCCCUUGCGGAUGUGAUGAAGAAGGAAGUGUUGUUUCUGAGGAAGGUAUGGCGUUUCAUGUUGCCAGAAGCAGGUAUGCCGUGUAUUCCGGUGUUCGAGGAUAACCAGGGGGCUAUUCAGUUGGCGCAGAACCCGAUUAGCAACAGUAACUCGAAGCACAUCGACGUAAGGCACCACUUUAUCAGGGAACUGGUAGGCAGGAAGGGGAUUUCGAUUUUUCACGUGGAAUCAGCGUAUCAACAUGCUGGCUUCCUCACGAAGGCAUUUCACGUCGGAAAUUUUGAGUUUCAUCGUAAUUUCGCGAUGAGUGUGGGACAGGAACGGUAGAUUUGGAUUUACUUGUGUUUGAUCAAAGAACUAGGGUGGCAUUGUUUUACAUUUUUCCCUAUGGUCUUCUCAAUGAAUGGUGCUCUAGGAUGGGGGGCACUUGGGUCGCUAUGAUUCUCGAAGAACUACAACUGGAAUGAUCGGGGAUGGAAAUAUAUUUCUAGCCCAGAAGGCUAUUGUUGCAGGUUUGAGUUUUGUUUUAGAUUAUUUUCUUGUGUUUUGGAGUUACUGAAUACAUGAAGACAUGGCAUAGUCACAAGCAGGGGGGCUGAUAGAUAUACUUGUAGCAAUGCCAAGUGGUUGGUGCUGGAUGUUCCGAUGGAAUGAGGUAGAGCGGAAUACCGGGUGACAUGUGUGGUACGUAGAAUGGAUUCCAGGGAUGUACAAGGUACCCCUGUUGUAUACGGCGUCGCCCCUUCAACGGGGCUUGUGUGUGUGUAUGGUCCGUGCACAACAAUUUGUCCAAUUCAGUUUUGGGUGAAAAAAAAAAAGAAUUGGAACGUGACACAACGUCGGUCGUGACGGCCUCAUCGAGUUAUUACGUCGAUAUCCGAGGAGUGUUUGAAUUUGGUGAAAAUGCAACAUGUUCGGAAAAAAUGAUCCACGGUGCCCCCUUAUGUACCCCCCGUACCCUCUCAUGACAUCACGGGCCCCCCUGAACACCACUACCCACUACUGUAUAAAUGUUACAGAGACCACCUACACGCCAAUAAAUUUCUGCAAACAAACAUCUCUACUGCAGCUGCUGCUGACGGGUGUUUGCUGUGUCUACACCACCACACGGGAACAAGUACGAACUUCUCCGGAAAAAAUACACAUGCAACACUCUGCGUUAAGGGUCAGAAAAAUACUGGCCAGAUACAGUCAACUCCAUGGAAGGGCCAGAAAAACAACGAAGAACAAUAAUCUGCUGCCGUCGCGCACUAUCCAGAAACAUCCCCAUAGUGUUGGCCAAGCCCACGACUUGGCGCCCCAAAGCUGCUUUUCGGCGGCGGGAUUGCUGGCUUCGUGAGCGAGAAAACACGGCGGGUUUUGUUUUUCUCGCCGCGUUUGCUGCCGAGCGAGCUGCGGAUACCACAGCACGCCCUGCGAACCUCAGUAUCGACUGACCCCCACCACUGCUGUGUGUCCUGCUGGGUUCCUCAUCGCACCAGUCUUCGUCGUUUGCCGCAGCCCCUUCCUCAUCUUCAUCCAUAGAAUUAGCGCUGCCGCCACAAGCGUUGCUGUCGUCGGGUGCGUCCCCAACGGAAGGCACAUCGGCGGCAGACGCCGGAGAAUCAUGCUGCUGUGCCGGGGCAUUCGAAACUAUCCGCCCAUGCGACCCACGGCCGAGCUUCCUCUUCUUCGCCCGUGGCAUGGGCCUGUGUGUGUCCGCGUGUGGGUGUUUGUGGCUGUGUGUGCACAGCGGCUGCUGCUGGCGAUUUUUUCUCCCAUGG